AAGCCGGACAUCUUGCAAGACUCCAAGCUGGUUAACCUCCACCUCACAUGCGGGUGACUUUUUACAGAUACCUCCACCUGGAAAAUCCUCCGAGGAAAAGGUGAAAUUCUGAGGCCGGCAAUGAAUCACAUCUGCGCCAAUAUCAUGGGUCAUCUCAACCAAAAGGGAUUUUAUUCUGUCCUCCAGAUUCUGCUCACAAACGGCUUGGCGCGCUCCAGGCCUUCCUUCUCCAAAGGCACUUUAACCGCGGUCUUCUCUCUCGCAUUGCGGCCCGUGAUUGCAGCACAGUUUUCCGACAAUCUAUUGCGCUCCUUCUUGAUCCACAUCAUGUCCGUGCCGGCCAUUGUGACACACCUCGCUACCCUUACGCCUGAGCGCUUAGCGGUGAUCGAAUCUCAUGACCUUUUGCGCAAAUUCGUCCUGUUCUUGAGCCGUGAGGACCAGUGUAGAGACGUCUGUGUCUGUUUGGAAGGAAGCCAUACUCUUUGCCUUCUGGGCAACCUCAUCUACUUGGGUUCCCUGAAUGACAAAGUGCUAGAGGAGGAGACAGCGCACUUCGUGAGGGUCCUGAUCCAAAUGCUCUCUUACUGCCAGAAGUACGUCUCGCAGAAGAAGUCCAACCUCACCCAUUGGCACCCGGUCCUGGGCUGGUUCUCCCAGACGGUGGAUUAUGGCUUGAACGAGUCAAUGCCGCUCCUCACCAAGCAAUUACAGCACCUGUGGGGCAUCCACCUGAUCCGCGUCUUCUUCAGUGACGUUCUUAGCAAAAAACUCCUGGAGAACCAGGAACCCAUCCGCCCACCCGUCCCAGCCAGCUCCCCACAGAACAGCCUCCCCAUGAAGAACCUUUUCAAGCGCGCCUUCCAGAAAUCGGCGUCGGUGCGCAACAUCCUGAAACCUGUCGGCGGGAAAAGGGUGGAUUCGGCGGAGGUGCAGAAGGUUUGCAGCGUCUGUGUCCUCUACCAGAUGGCCCUCACCACCUUGACCCAGAUCCGGUUGCAAAUCUUGACCGGUCUCACCUAUCUGGACGACCUCCUGCCGAAACUCUGGGCCUUCAUCUGCGAACUGGGUCCCCAGGGCGGCCUCAAGCUUUUCCUGGAGUGCUUGAACAACGACACCGAGGACUCCCAGAGGCUCCUGGCCAUGCUUACUCUCUUCUGCGACUGCUCUCGUCAUCUCAUCACGAUCCUUGAUGACAUCGAAGUCUACGAAGAGCAGAUCUCCUUCAAACUGGAGGAACUGGUCACCAUCUCCUCCUUCCUGAAUUCUUUCGUGUUCAAGAUGAUCUGGGAUGGGAUUGUGGAGAAUGCCAAAGGGGAAACGCUCGAACUAUUCCAUUCAGUCCACGGUUGGCUAAUGGUCUUGUAUGAACGGGAUUGUCGCCGCCGUUUUGCCCCGGACGACCACUGGUUACGCAAGGACCUGAAGCCAAGCUUACUGUUUCAGGAGCUGGAUAAAGACCGAAAACGCGCCCAGUUGGUCCUACAAUACAUCCCUCAUGUCAUUCCCCACAAAAAUAGGGUCCUUCUUUUCCGGAACAUGGUGACGAAAGAGAAGGAGAAGCUGGGUUUAGUGGAGACUACUUCUGCCUCGCCUCACGUCACGCACAUCACCAUCCGCCGGUCGCGCAUGCUUGAGGACGGAUACGAACAGCUGCGCCAGCUGUCCCAGAAUGCCAUGAAAGGUGUCAUCCGGGUCAAGUUCGUGAAUGACCUUGGGGUGGAUGAAGCUGGCAUUGACCAAGAUGGCGUCUUCAAGGAGUUUCUGGAGGAGAUCAUCAAGAAGGUCUUUGACCCCGCGCUCAAUCUCUUUAAGACCACCAGUGGCGAUGAGAGACUGUAUCCCUCCCCAACAUCCUACAUCCACGAGAAUUACCUCCAGCUCUUCGAGUUUGUUGGAAAAAUGCUUGGGAAAGCUGUUUAUGAGGGGAUUGUGGUCGACGUCCCUUUCGCCUCCUUCUUCUUGAGCCAGUUGCUUGGGCAUCACCACAGCAUUUUCUACAGCUCUGUGGACGAACUCCCAUCGCUGGAUUCGGAGUUCUAUAAAAACCUGACCUCCAUCAAGCGUUACGACGGCGACAUCAGCGACUUGGGCCUGACGCUGUCCUACGAUGAAGACGUAAUGGGUCAGCUUGUUUGCCAUGAACUUAUUCCGGGCGGUAAGACCAUCCCAGUUACGAAUGAAAACAAAAUCAGUUAUAUCCACCUCAUGGCGCACUUCCGGAUGCACACCCAAAUCAAAAGCCAGACCUCCGCCUUCAUUGGUGGUUUCCGCUCCAUCAUCAAACCUGAGUGGAUCCGCGUCUUUUCCGCGCCAGAGCUCCAGCGGCUUAUCUCCGGUGACAACGCUGAGAUCGACCUGGAGGACUUGAAGAAACACACUGUCUACUACGGGGGCUUCCAUGGCAGCCACCGCGUCAUCAUUUGGCUCUGGGACAUCCUGGCCAACGACUUCAGCCCCGACGAAAGAGCCAUGUUCCUCAAGUUCGUGACGAGCUGCUCCCGCCCGCCACUCCUCGGUUUCGCCUACCUCAAGCCUCCAUUCUCCAUACGUUGCGUGGAAGUUUCGGAUGAUCAGGACACUGGAGAUACCCUGGGUAGCGUUUUGCGGGGCUUCUUCACCAUCCGGAAAAAGGAGCCUGGUGGGCGCCUGCCUACUUCCUCCACUUGCUUCAACCUCCUAAAGCUGCCCAACUACAGCAAGAAGAGUGUCCUGCGGGAAAAACUGCGCUACGCCAUCAGCAUGAACACUGGCUUUGAACUCUCGUAGCGCCGCGUGCCACUUGCUCUUGGUUUCCCGCUUUGAUGAGCUGCCCUCCGUGGAGCCCGAGGGUCCAGCUUUUACGCAGGGAAGACGUAGCGGUGGCAAGGAGUGGUGGCGGUCUGCCCCUGCAGAGGUUGGGAUUUCCCAUAACGGUAGUGGUCGCACUCCGGUGGAAAAGGGAAGGACGGUCAGCUCUCAGUUCUCCUUCUGACUUUUUUCCUGGGAUGCUGUUCCUCAAAAAGCAGCUGGCCUGCCAUUAAAUGUAGCAUUGAGAGCAA